ACAUCUCCAGAAGUUAUUAUGCAACACCAGCCAACUGUAUAUAAGGCCCCGACUAUGACAGAACACCAGAGGAUCUCUGUGAGCUCUCCACUUUGUUUUAAACAGAAUGCUGCGGUACGUUGUAGCCCUCUGUCUCCUGGCUUUGGCCUGGGCGCAGGACUGCCAGGUGGCCAACUUCCAGGUCGUGCAAAACUUUGACAAGACAAGGUAUGCAGGGACAUGGUACGCCGUAGCAAAGAAGGACCCAGAGGGUUUGUUCUUAAUCGACAAUGUCGUGGCCCAGUUUGUUGUCGACGAGGACAGCAAAAUGACCGCCACCGCUAAAGGCAGAGUCAUCAUCCUUAACAAUUGGGAACUGUGCGCUGACAUGGUGGCCACCUUUGAGGAAACUGCCGACCCUGCCAAGUUCAGGAUGAAGUACUGGGGAGUUUCAUCCUACCUGCAGUCUGGAAAUGAUGACCACUGGGUGAUCGACACUGACUAUGAUAACUACGCCGUCCACUACUCCUGCAGACUAGUAGACUCUGACGGCACUUGCCUGGACAGCUACUCCUUCAUAUUCUCUCGUCACGUGACGGGUCUGAGGCCUGAGGACCAGGUCAAAGUCACCCAGAAAAAGAUGGACAUCUGCCUGCUGGGCAAAUACAGACGUGUUGCACACACUGGCUUCUGCCAAAGCAGCUGAUCUGAUGACAGUCAGAGAACUUCUUUCUGAAGCACCAACCUCGGAUUGUGCGCCCCUCCCCCCCUGCUUGUCUUGGACUAACUCCCACCAGAGUUUUCCCUCCUGUCUCUGUCUUAGCAGAGAAAGCAGCUCAUACCUCUUUUAAAAUAAAUUAAAAGUGGCAAACUAUAAACUCACAUUCACAUGCUGUAAGUAGAAAGAAAAGACGACUGUUGGGGCUGGUUUGUUGACACAUUCCCAAAAUAUCCCCAGAAGUAAAGGAGAUUCUGGUUUUUUAACAUUUUAGUCCUCAUCCUCAACAUCUGUCAUGUUUUUUUGUGGUACAGGAGCUUCAGAACAUAUCAGCCUCUCUCAUGGAAACCAGUGGAACUUGCUCGCUGGUUCCAGUGAGAAAACUACACAUACCAGCUCAGUCAAUUUUUUUUGGAGCUUUUCAGGACAAUGUGUCAAAAAAUCAGUUGUGCAAAUCUUGUUAAAGUGAAGCUGAACUCGCAUCACUGCAACUCUGGACUGUUAACACCAUGUUUACCACACAACCAAGUUCACAAGUCACUGACUUUGCUUUUACACUGAAGGACUGACAGUAUCUUGUAGCACAUAAGUAGAUAUUGUUUAUAAACCUUAACACAAACAUAUUAGGUCAUGUGCCAUAUAGGAACACUAGUUUGGUUGUUAUUUGAUUGUAUGAUGUAUACUUCUUGAUCCAGUUUUGAAAUAAAACAUUCAUACCGUG